GAAGGGGGGUGUGGAAUGCCGGCCCUGACAGCGCUGUGUGUCCCCCCCCAGCAUGAAGAGCCCGGCCGUGGUGGGCGUCCUGUGCACCGACUCGCAGGGGCUCAACCUGGGCUGCCGAGGGACCCUCUCGGACGAACACGCGGGGAUCAUCUCCGUGCUGGCCCAGCAGGCGGCCAAGCUCAGCUCCGACCCCACGGACACGCCCGUGGUGUGCCUGGAGUCGGACACCGGGAACAUCAUGAUCCAGAAGCACGACACCAUCACCGUGGCAGUGCACAAGUUGGCAUCCUGAUCACUGGGGACCAGCUGCACUCCCAGCUCCUCCUCCUCCCCUGCACAGCCCUGCACUCCAGCCCCGGUUUGGAACCCCCCCAGAGCCAGGAGGAAGGCUCUCCCUCUCCACUGAACAGCUCCUGGGCAGCUCUCCAGGUCUCCCAACUCCCACUGUAGCCCUCGUGGUGCUGAGGGUGGCACACGUGGUCAGAUCCCACCAGGUCGUGGAAGGA